UCUAUUUUUAUGUUGGUUCAGCAUGUGCAUGUGCGUGAUCAUGUGCUGGAAGGGUAUGUUGAUCGUCCUUUGACCCCUCCGUUGUGUGGAUUGCUUAGGCUGAUGUAAUUAAAGUGCUUUUUUGAAAGCUUUGAUUUGAGACUGGAACGCAGAGACUUUCUGUUAUUUAACAUCUGGGUGCAUAAAAUGUUACAAUCUUUUCUGUGCUGUCAAAGUUUGACACCCGCAUAAAAGCCAAAAUCCAGAGAUUAUGCAUGAAUUAUUAUGAGUCAUAAGACCUCAGUAUUAAUAUCUUUGUACUGGCAUACACAAUACUACGCAUGCACGUUGCACAACAUGCAGCGAAAUUCCUUGAAACUGUAAAAUGCGCAUUUAUGGCUUGUUUUAUAUCACCACAAUCAUCCCCAUGCAUGAAACUGAUAAUGAAACUGAUCUGAGCGUGUAUUUCAGUGUUCUAACGACUUUUAAUUCAAUUAAUAUGGAAGAGGGGGGAUUUUUGAAGCAGUGCUGCAUAUAUUUAAUACCACUAAUGUUUUGUCAUAUUGCAGAAUACAAAAGGCUAACUGUCCUGUCCUUAUCCCUUAGGAUGCAGUCUGUAGGUCUGGCUCUGGAGGAGUUGCUGGUAACUGCUCAGAAACAAGGCUGUCUCACUGUUGGCAUUUAUGAAUCAGCCAAGCUUCUUAAUGUAGAUCCAGACAGCGUGGUGCUAUGCGUGCUGGCAGCCGACGAUGAAAACGAUGUGGCGCUGCAGAUCCACUUCACGUUGCUACAGUCCUUCUGCUGCGACAGCGGCAUCACCAUCUUGCGAGUCUCUGGGUUUCAGCGACUCCAGCGGCUGCUGGGAGCUGUGGAUGCCAACAGGAACCAGGAAGAGCACAGAGACCUUCACUGCAUGCUGGUUACGAAUCCUCAGGCAGAGCACUGCAGACUGCAGGAAGUGGGGACCUACUGCCAGGAGAGUCGGCGCCUUGACCAGUGGGUGCCUGAACUAGUCCUGCAGGAACGCUGAAGGGUCUGCAUACAGGAACUUUUGUGGCCAGAUACUGAUACACUGAAGGAUCUUUAUGCUCAAGCAGGGAUGACCUGGAGUGUAGCCGCUCCAGUCCACUAUCCUUAAUGACCAGCAAAACCAUGGACUCCCACUCAAAGACUAGUGAAACAGCUGGACUGGACACUGGUUUCUAGAAUCUGUACUUGUGCAAAAGAUACAGAGAGAAAAGUCACAAUGUUUUUACAAUGCCAUCAAAACACAAUCUGUUUUGUGUUGCUCUCUGGGUGCUCACAAUGUCUAUGGGGUGUGACAUAGUAAACAUUAAGAGGAGUAGUAGUUUUGAAAGGAACACAUCCACACCCAUCUUAUACCUGGAAGUCUUGUUUGUUUGACUGGACAGGAAUGUUGCAGUGCUGAAACUGUACCAGACAUUCCUGGGAGAGUCCCAGAAAAGGAGAGGAGAGGUGUGUGUUUGUAUGUGUGGUAUGUCUAUGUGUGGUAUGCAUUUACAAUACUUGUUUUUUACUGUAGAAAAGACUGGGUGUGCAUUCUUAAAAUGAGCAGCUGAAAGCUGCUGGGGAAUUGUCACCAUGGAAACUGAAAUGGAAAUAAUGUUAAAGACACACAGGACCUAUUGACACCAGAAGAAACAAAAGAAAAAACAAUGUAAAGAGACUCCGAGGAUGAAAAAAUUUAGGCAGGAUCCGAAAUUCCCAAUGAUGCAGAACGCCUGUGCUGUCUGAUCCGGACAGGUCAGCUUUAAAUGUAUUGUAAAAAUAUCAACUUCUUUGUGCCUUCAAGAGUGCUGCCUUUCUGAUAAAUAACUAAUGUAAAGUGGCUACACUGUUAAUUUAUUGAUUGUAUUGUAUUUUGUAGUUAUUUGUAAUCUAUUUUGUGCUCUGUUAUCUAAGUAAAUAAAUUAUUUUAUUCAUAAA